AUCCAAUUCUACCGUUAAAGAUUUUCCCCAUUCACGUGCCACGCGUGUGAUCGCAUUCCGUAUUUGAAUAUACCUGAGCGCCUUUUUCGUUUCUCCCUCCCAUGCACAAACAAACGCCUCAUUCAAGAAAACUCGAUUCGAAACGCAAACCCUUCUGGUUUCUCUCCAUUCUGUUGAUUCUUCCUUCUCAAUUCUCAUCCCUCUCACUUCAUUCAUCUCACAGGGUUUCCAAAACGGGUUGAGAUUGUUUGGCAGAGAUGGAGAGCUCGGAUUCCACGCAAUGCGUGCGAGUCGCCGUCAACAUUCGCCCUCUGAUCACGUCGGAGCUUCUUAUCGGCUGCACCGAUUGCAUUUCCGUUGUUCCUGGAGAACCUCAGGUGCAAAUCGGGUCUCAUUCGUUCACCUAUGAUUAUGUUUAUGGUAGUUCGGGGUCGCCUUCGUCUAAGAUAUACGAUGAAUGUGUAGCGCCGCUUGUUGAUGCACUCUUCCAUGGCUAUAAUGCCACCGUUCUUGCAUAUGGUCAGACCGGUUCUGGGAAAACAUACACUAUGGGCACCAACUAUAAUGGAGAGGGAAGUGGUGGUGGAAUUAUACCCAAAGUAUUGGAGACCAUAUUUGAAAGAGUUAAGACUAUGGAGGACUCUAAGGAAAUUUUGAUUAGAGUAUCAUUUAUUGAGAUAUUCAAGGAAGAGGUUUUUGAUUUACUUGAUCCCAAUUCAUCUAGAGGAGAGGUGGCAUCUACUGCAAAGGCCACUGUGCCCACAAGAGUUCCCAUACAAAUCAGGGAAACAGUGAAUGGAGGAAUAACACUUGCUGGUGUGAUCGAGGCUGUAGUUAAGACAAAAGAAGAAAUGGCAUCGUAUCUCUCAAGCGGUUCAUUGUCACGUGCCACUGGGAGUACCAACAUGAAUAGUCAAUCAAGUCGCUCGCAUGCUAUAUUCACAAUCACUAUGGAGCAAAAGAAUGGGGAUGAUAUCUUAUGUGCAAAACUUCAUUUAGUGGACCUAGCUGGUUCCGAACGUGUAAAACGAACUGGUGCAGACGGCAUGCGUUUAAAAGAAGGGAUUCAUAUCAACAAGGGUUUAUUGGCUCUUGGAAACGUAAUAAGUGCAUUGGGGGAUGAAAAAAAGCGAAAAGAAGGAGGCCAUGUGCCAUAUCGGGAUAGCAAAUUAACACGGCUACUGCAGGAUUCUCUUGGAGGGAACAGCAAAACAGUGAUGAUAGCAUGUGUUAGUCCUGCUGACUCAAACGCUGAAGAGACUUUGAACACUUUAAAGUACUCAAACCGAGCUCGCAACAUUCAGAACAAGGCAAUUAUUAAUCGUGACCCAGUAGCUGCUCAAAUGCAUACAAUGCGGAGUCAGAUUGAGCAAUUGCAAGCUGAGCUUCUAUUUUAUAGAGGUGAUACCAGUGGACCAUUUGAGGAACUUCAGAUUCUUAAACACAAAAUAUCCCUACUCGAAGCAAGUAAUGCAGAGCUACAUCACGAGCUUAAAAGACACCGAAUAACUUCCGAAAAUUUAGCACAACGUGCUGUCGAUGCUCAGGUUGAAAAGGACCAACUAAUUAUGAAAAUAGAGUCAAUUCGAAAUGGUAAAUCAUGGGAUGAGGUUGACUCAAACUCAAAUCAGGAUUAUGAUCUACUAAAAUCCUAUGUGUCAAAGAUCCAACAUCUGGAAGGGGAAUUGCUUCGUUUGAAAAUUUCAAAUGCUAUGAGUUCAAGCCGCUUCGUUGAUUGUGCGGAUUCCCAUGACAAUGGAUACGGGUCAAAACAUGGUGAUGGUGUUGCAUCUUUUUGUGGUGCCAAAGCUGUGGACAUCCCAGAUGAUACGGAAGAUGAUGAAAAGGAGCUAGAACACUCAUCUCUUCAAGAAAAGUUGGAUCAGGAGCUCAAAGAAUUGGAUAAGAAACUUGAACAGAAGGAGGCUGAAAUGAAGCUGUACAAUAAUGCCGAUCCUUCAGUUCUCAGGCAUCAUUAUGCAAAGAAGCUUCUAGAGAUGGAACAAGAGAAGAAAAUUUUACAGAAAGAAAUUGAGGAACUUAAGUUCAAUCUCACAAAUAUUUCAUCUACAUCUGGUGACGGAGAUCAGAAGUUAAAGCAGGAUUAUCUUCAAAAGUUGACUACUCUCGAGGCACAGGUAUCUGAACUGAAGAAGAAACAAGAAGCUCAAGCUCAACUCUUGAGACAAAAACAGAACAGUGAUGAGGCUACGAAACAACUUCAAGAUGAGAUCCAGAGAAUUAAAGCUCAGAAGGUUCAACUUCAACAAAAGAUUAAGCAGGAAUCUGAACAAUUUAGGAUAUGGAAAGCUUCCCGUGAAAGAGAAGUUCUCCAGCUUAAGAAAGAGGGGAGAAGGAAUGAAUAUGAGAUGCAUAAGCUGUUAGCAUUGAAUCAGCGGCAAAAGAUGGUAUUGCAAAGGAAGACAGAAGAAGCUUCGUUGGCCACAAAAAGACUGAAAGAGCUUUUGGAAUCUCGAAAGGCUUCCUCUCGUGAAACUCUGGGUGGUGGAGGUGGGAAUGGUCCUGGAAUUCAGGCUUUGUUGAAGGCGAUUGAGGAUGAGCUUGAAGUCACUGUUCGAGUGCAUGAAGUACGGUCAGAAUAUGAACGUCAAAUGGAAGAGAGGGCUAAAAUGGCAGAGGAAAUGACCAGGUUAAAGGAAGAAGCAGAGAUGACGAAGCAAAAUAGUAGAAGUGAUUGCCCCAUAUCAAUGUCUCCUGGUGCAAGAAAUUCAAGGAUUUUUGCCCUUAAAAACAUGCUUUCGACUUCUUCGACAACUCUAGUGUCAAUGGCAUCCCACUUGUCAGAGGCAGAGGAGCGAGAACGGGUUUUCAGUGGCAAAGGACGCUGGAACCAAGUCCGGUCCCUGGCUGAUGCCAAGAGUUUGCUGAAUUAUUUGUUCAAUAUAGCAUCUUCCUCCAGAUGUUUAUUGCGAGAUAAAGAGGUAAAUUGCAGAGAAAAGGACUUGGAAAUAAGGGAUCUAAAAGAAAAGGUUGUAAUGCUAAGCUACUCGGUUCGACAAUUGGAAAUGAUUAAAGCUGAACUUACUCAUAAGCUGAGUUUGCAGAGCGCAGCUUUGACGAGAUACUCAGAAACUUCCGGAGACUUAUAUUCUGACUUGAGUGGUGGAGGCCACAAGUAUGACUUGCGCAAGUCGGAACACCGUCCGUCUACCCUUCUACUGGAGGACAUGGACAUAUCUGAGACAGAAUCGGAUGAUUAUGAUUUGGAGGCAACGGAUGAUGAGUGGAAAGAAUCAGGGAAAUUAGUAAGGAAAAGGAAAUCUUUAACCAGACGGCCAAGCAUGGAACAUAAUCAGUCAAAAACCAACAACCCCAAGGAUCUCAAAGACAAUUUAGGAGAUGGAUUUGCAUCUGCAUAUGGAGAAACUGCAUCAGAUAUCUGCUGCUCUUGUAGUAAAAUCUCAUCGUGCAAGACAACAAAAUGCAAGUGCAAAUCCAGGGGCAACAGUUGUGGGAGUUCUUGUGGCUGCCUAGCAACCAAGUGUGCUAACCGAGCAUCAUUGUCAAAUGAGUCACAAGAGUCAAUGCAAUCGGGAUUGGUUCAGAGGACAGGAAAUAAUCCAGGCAUUGAAGAAGCAGAUAAAGACCGACUUCUUGCUACUCAAGGUGCAGAGUUACUUCAGGGAGCACUGUCUGAUAGGCCUGCUGAGACAAACAGUGACCAAGCCCCAAGAAAACCUCUCUCUGACAUAGGAAAUACACAGAUCAAACCAAACCUUGAACAGAGAAAGAAAUUGCGGAAAUCCACUAUAAUUCUUGUUUCAGACCCGCCACCUUCUUCGCAGCCAGAGAUUUCCAAUGUCCGCAUCCCCAAGAAACAAAAUAUUACUAAAAUUUACGAAACAAAUAUCGCUGCGAAUAGUUGUAGACCACAGAGAAAGCCCCCGUCAAGACCCGAAAAUGCAGCAUGUGCCCCCAGGGCAGAGGCUAAUUUUGUGGAUCCAGAUUCACCCGUGAAAAGACCAAGUGCCGCGCGAAGGGCAGGAUCAUCGAAUACUGGCGUGCCACUUUGGGACAGAAAUGCUGGUAAAUCAGACGAAUCUGUCAGUAAGGAGCCUGAAAAUAUUGAAGCUAGAACUAGAACUCCACAACGACAGAAAAGAACACAGGAGGAAAAAGAGAACAGCAGACGCUAAUGUAAUAGAUGAAGAAAGAAGACUUCAAUGGUGCAUAGCCAAAUACCAAAGCCUACAAUAACCAUAUGCUUAGUGGUUUUUUUGAUGAAAAGAAGACUUCAAUGGUGCAUAGCAAUAUAUAUAUCAAAAUGGUUAUCCUUUGUCUGCAGCAGACAAAUAGUGUAAUAGAUGAAUCAGGCUUGAAUAUUUAUGUUUUUUUUUGUUCUAAUAUUUGUUUAUACAAACACUCUGGGAACAAGGGUUCAGAGGAUAGUUUGUAAGGGCCUUAGGUCUUCUCCUUGGUAAUCUUCAACUCAGCGGGGUUAUCUUCAAUUGAUAUCAGCUCAAAAUAUGUUGUGUCAAAGCUCAGUAUCCAUAGUUUAGUUGAAUCUGUCAGUGGGAGAAAUCUUUUUUUCUGCUAAACAGCAACAUUUUUCACUGUAUAUAAAGAUAACUUAUUUGUUUCUAUAAAUUUUAAGUUGUGUGUGUUUCGCUAUUUAUCACUGUAAGGAAUAUCAUUCAAACUUUCUCAUCUCAUGUAAUGGAACUUAGAUAUAACUCAACAAUCAUUCUGUCAGAAUUUGAUAGAAAGAGAUUUGUAAAAAAAAAAAAAACUUUCUUUGCUAUGUGGAAUGAAAUGAUAUAAUUGCCUGACCUUGAAACCAUGCUUCUUAAAAAUUGCUAUUAUUCAUUCACAAUCAAAUUUUACCAUUGACAUAAUAUAAAAAUAUUGG